CGAAUUGGCGUGAAGCGGAGUCGACGACAGAUCACCGGCAUCGAACCCAAGGAGAUGGAUUCAAAAGACGAGCAGGGACACGGGUUGGACUGCAGUCCGGUUUAUGUGCACAACCCCCACCUGGAUGCACUGAAAGAUGACGUCCUCUACCACUUUGGUCUGGGAACACGAACUCACGACCUACCAGCUAUGUUUGGUGACGUCAAGUUUGUGUGUGUUGGGGGCAGUCCCUGGAGGAUGCUAGCAUUCACCGAGUACAUCGCCACUGAGCUCGGUAUGGAAGACCCCAAAUCCGAGUACCCAAACAUCUGUGCUGGAACAGACCGCUACGCCAUGUACAAAGUGGGCCCUGUGCUCUCUGUCAGCCAUGGGAUGGGCAUUCCUUCUAUAGCCAUAAUGCUGCAUGAGCUAAUAAAGCUCCUCCAUCAUGCACAUUGCACGGAUGUUACAAUUAUGCGCAUUGGGACAUCAGGUGGAAUAGGAAUUGAGCCUGGCAACGUCGUUGUUACCAACCAGUCGGUGGACGGCACCUUCCUGCCCAGGUUUGAGCAGAUGAUCCUGGGGAAGGUUGUGGUGCGUAACAUUGAUCUGGACCAAAGCCUGGCCGAGGAGCUGUUGCGGUGCAGCAAAGAGCUGAACCAGUUUGAGACUGUGAUGGGCAACACCAUGUGCACCAUGGACUUCUAUGAAGGCCAAGCUCGUUUGGAUGGGGCCUUCUGCUCCUACACUGAGGAGGAUAAACAGGACUACCUCAUGAGAGCCAGCCAAGCAGGAGUCUGCAAUAUAGAAAUGGAGUCAUCCGUUUUUGCUGCCAUGUGCAAGCUGAGUGGUCUGCGUGCGGCCGUGGUGUGUGUGACGUUACUGGAUCGUCUGAAGGGGGAUCAGGUGACCUGCUCUCAUGAAGUCCUUAACAGCUACCAGCAGCGUCCUCAGAAGCUGGUUGGUUACUACAUUAAACAGCAGCUGAUGGCCCAAGCAGGAAGUAGCUAAGUUUAGGCAUCACUGUUUUGCAAGCUUGCAUCACAAUGUGCGUAUAUCUUCUCUUAACACUGAAAACUUUGCAAUGCAAUAAGUGAGCUUUAAAACACUCUCCUAAACUUCUAUAUUUUUAUCUAUUUCACCUUCACGAUAAACUGUCGUGGACUGAUUAUUUUUAACUUGUAUUUUCUUUUAAAACAUUUAACUGAACUUUUAAUGUAAAAUGGAAUAUUGUGCUGAUCCAUGCCUCUGUGUAGUAGAACACAUGAAGUUCCUUAUCUGUAAAACUUGAACCAGAAUCACAUAACUUAUUGAAAUCAUCUUUGUUUCAUGAAUGAUAAUGACUUGACUAUGACGUAGUUUUUGUCCUUGGCUUGUUAUUGGUUUUAAAACUCUAAAAAUCUGUGUAGUGUUUUCAAUGUAGAUUGUAUUUUACAUUUUCAUCUAGGUUAAUUUUUGUCUAGGUAUCAAUCGGUACCUAUAAACAAAUUGUCAUUCAUUUUGAGAGAGAGGAAAUCCCAUUGGAUGUCUUAUUUCUAAUAAAGCCUCAUACCCUCUAAA